GUACUGCUGAACAUGAGACGAUCUGCAGCACCAAGUCAGUUGCAGGGGAAACCCUUCAAAAAACCAAAAUUUAUACCGCCAGCAAGAAGUAAUCCAAGUCUGAAUGAAGAGAUUACAAAGCUGGAUCCAGAUAUGCAAUUGUCUGAGGUUGCUGCAAAUAAUACUCUUCUACAAUUACAAGCUGAUCCCACAACAUACAGUUUAAAUCUUCUGCCUGCUGAAGACAGUGGUAGAGAAAUGAAUCACGGGGAAACAUCUGCAGUGCCAGCAUUUAACCUACAUCAUACAG